AUGAGUGGCCCGUACAGCUUGAGCAAGAGCCUAAAAAACGGCGGGCUGUUUCCGUCGGUGUUCAACGUAGCUGCGAAAGCCGAGCUGCGCGUCAACGCGACUUGCGGCGAGGACGGCCCGGAGACGUACUGCAAACCCGCGGAGACGUCGCGGUGCUCCGUAUGCGACUCCCGCAGUCCCGAUCCCAACAAGAGGCAUCACGUCAACCUCGUCCUUGACUCGAAUCCUAGCCGCUGGUGGCAGAGUCCGACCCUCGCUCAGGGCGACGACUACGAGUUUGUCACGAUUUUGCUUGAUCUUAAGCAGGCGUAUAGUAUAGCUCACUGCUCGGUUUUAUUUACAGGUGGCCCGUACAGCUUGAGCAAGAGCCUAAAAAACGGCGGGCUGUUUCCGUCGGUGUUCAACGUAGCUGCGAAAGCCGAGCUGCGCGUCAACGCGACUUGCGGCGAGGACGGCCCGGAGACGUACUGCAAACCCGCGGAGACGUCGCGGUGCUCCGUAUGCGACUCCCGCAGUCCCGAUCCCAACAAGAGGCAUCACGUCAACCUCGUCCUUGACUCGAAUCCUAGCCGCUGGUGGCAGAGUCCGACCCUCGCUCAGGGCGACGACUACGAGUUUGUCACGAUUUUGCUUGAUCUUAAGCAGACUUACCAAAUCGAAUAUGUCAUCGUAAAAGCGGCCAACUCCCCGAGACCAGCGGCAUGGAUAUUGGAAAAAUCGGUAGACGGCGAGAAUUUUCGAACUUGGCAGUACUACGCGCCGAGCGACGAGGAAUGCUGGACGCGGUACUCGAUGCCCCCCACCCUGGGAAAACCAACUUACAGCCAGGACGACGAGGUCAUAUGUACGAGUUUUUACUCCAGGCUGACACCCAUGGAAAACGGAGAGAUUCACACUCAACUGGUGAACGGCCGCCCCGGCGCCCUGAAUCACUCGCAAACCAUCCAAGACUUCACGGAGGCGCGCUACGUCAGGAUACGCCUCCAAGGCUUCAGGAGACGAGGCGACGCGAUAGUCGAAAAGAACCGAGCGUUUUACUCGAUACGAGAAAUAAACAUCGGUGGCAGGUGUCUCUGCUCCGGACACGCCUCCAAAUGCAAAUCAAGUCCCCUGCACAAGCGCCAAGAGUGCGAAUGCGAACGACACACUUGCGGAGAAAAGUGCGAUAAAUGUUGUCCCAUGUACAACCAAGUGCCAUGGAAGCCCGGGACCUCGGGCAAAGGUUUUCACUGCGAAAAAUGCAACUGCCACGGACACGCGACGAGCUGCCAAUACGAUCCCGAGGUCGCUGAGAAGAAGCUGUCGAUGGACGUUCGAGGGAAAUUCAGGGGCGGUGGUGUGUGCAGCAAUUGCUCGGACCACACAACAGGGAUCAACUGCGAAACCUGCGAGGCAGGGUACUACAGACCGGACGGAGUACUCGCGAGCGACCCCGAGCCAUGUGUCCCGUGCAAGUGUCACCCACGCGGUAGCACGGGAUUUUGUAUCCCCGACGACUCGUUCAACAACAUCGGAAAGGCGGCCGGAGCUUGCGAGUGCAAGCUCGGCUACUCCGGGCACAAGUGCAACCAGUGCUCGGCGGGUUUCCGCCAAUUCCCGGACUGCCUCCCCUGCCCGUGCGACUCACGGGGCGUACUGCCGAGCCACGACUGCGAGGGCGACUGCAUCUGCAAGGCCCACGUCGACGGCGAAUUUUGCGACCGAUGCAAGCCCGGCUACUUCGCCCUCUCAACUGCCAACCCUGAGGGCUGCCUGCCCUGCUUUUGCUCCGGGCUCUCCAACGACUGCUCCUCCGCCAAAAUCGACUACAACAUGAUCUCCACGCUGAUCGGUUGGCAGGUGAGCGACAUAAACGCCUCGCGGGCGUUAUCGCCGAGCUUGCAGGGCGAGCACGGUUGGCCAACAAUCGCGAGGUUCGAGGUCGAGUAUCGCAGCCCGUACUGGCUCGCGCCCAAAAGCUACACCGGCAAUCGUCUCUCGUCCUACGGCAGCAACUUAACGUUUCUAGUCAGUUGGAAAAUCAUGCGAGGCGACACCAGUGACAGCCGAACUUCCGAGCCCGAUGUUGUGCUCAUUGGUAAAAACGGUGUGCGAAUAGCUUACGGUGACCGAGGCCAUUCCGGCGAGGAAGCCGAAAUCACAGUACCGCUGCUCGAGGAUGGCUGGUACCACGUCAAACUACGGCCCGACAUCGUGGACGGCAUAACGAGAUUCCGUAGAACGGACUAUCGAGGCGAUCCUGUCACGCGCCAACAAUUCCUUGAGGUGCUAACUGAUGUCGAGUACCUACUCCUGAGGGCAAAAUACCAUACCGAACAAAAUGAGGGAAGCUUGAAAGCAGCCGUCUUGCCCGUCGGGGAAGUUGCCAUGGAGAGUGGAAGAGGAAGUGUCGUCGAAAUGUGUUCAUGUCCCAGGGGCUACACGGGCUUGUCUUGUGAAUUGUGUGAUUGGGGAUACGUCAGGGCGCCUGUCAAUUCGACUGAUCACAAGAUUCGCCACGAAUGCGUAAAGUGCGACUGCAAUGGGCACGCUGCCACGUGCAAUCUGUUGAUGGGCGAAUGCGGUCCUUGCGAGUACAACACAGUUGGACCAAAGUGCGAUCGCUGUGCCGUGGGAUACUACGGCGAUGCGACCCGGGGAACAUCUCGAGACUGUUUCAAGUGUGCCUGUCCGUUGGACAGCCCAACCAACAACUUCAGUCCAAAUUGUCAAGUUGACAAUCCACACGAUAUAGACAGCGGUUACGUGUGCACUCAGUGUCCACUUGGAUACACCGGUGAUCACUGCGAGAGUUGCGACGUUGGUUUUUAUGGGAAUCCCCUCGAGCCGGGUAACAGUUGCAAGCCCUGUCCGUGCUUUGGCAGCCCUUGCGAUCAAAAAACCGGUAGGUGCUUGGACUGCCGAGGAAACACGGAAGGCUGGCAAUGCGAAAGAUGCAAGGAGGCCCACUACGGCGACCCCACCGAGUUCAAUUGUCUCCCUUGUGCCUGUGAUCCGCUCGGCAGCACCUCCCAUUUGUGCGAUUUGCGGAGCGGCCAGUGCAUCUGUCGGCCGCUGCACGAGGGUCGCGACUGCUCCCUUUGCAUCGAGGGAUUCGGCAACGUGACGGCGGGUUGCGUCGAGUGCGAUUGCGGUAUCGGAGCGGCGGACAACAACUGCGAUCCCCGCAGCGGGCUUUGUAGCUGCAAUUCAGGCGUCGUCGGGUCCAAGUGCGAUGCCUGUGACGUUGACCAUUUCGGGUUGUCUUUUGACGGCUGUACAGAUUGCAACUGCAACUCACUCGGAUCGGUUACAACCCACUGUGAUAUCGUCUCAGGCCAGUGCCAGUGUAAAAAGAACGUAAUUGGCAGACAAUGCUCGAGCUGUUUGGCAAACCACUGGGGUCUCGUGACAGGCGCCGGUUGCUCGCCUUGCGAGUGCGACCCCGUGGGCUCUCACAACGCGACGUGCCACGAUGCCAACGGACAGUGCCACUGCAAACCCGGAAUAGGCAGACUGCGCUGCGACUCGUGCCUACCCGGCUACUAUGGUUUCUCUCAAGACGGUUGCCAGCCGUGCGAGCCGUGCGAUCGUCCGGGUCACAUCUGCGACCAGAGCAACGGGAGGUGCUCGUGCCCGGCCCUAAGCACCGGGGAGCGCUGCGACAGGUGCAGACCCGGGAGCUACGAUCUACGUCCCGGGCUGGGUUGUCGGGGUUGCGGUUGCAGCUUGGCGGGGUCGCAGAGGCAACAGUGCGCCCAGGUGGAUGGGCAGUGCCCGUGCAGGGAAGGCUUCGAGGGCCGUGCGUGCGACAGGUGUGCCCCGGGGCACUACGACUAUCCGCACUGCCGGCCCUGCGGGUGUGAUCCACAGGGUACGGUGGGACAGUGCGACGGACUCGGGCAGUGUCCCUGCAAGACGAACGCGGUCGGGCGACGUUGCAACGAGUGCUCGGAGGGUACCUUUGGCCUGUCGGCCGACAACCCGGACGGCUGCACCGAGUGUUUCUGCUUCGGCCGGACGAGCGAGUGCCGCCAGGCGAGCCUCAGCUGGGGCCAACGCCGGCUGCCCCGGCCUCGGGUCCUCUACGUCAACGAUACCGUUAACGAAGUCGUUAUCACAAGCUACGGCUCGUCCCUGGUUCUGCCGUACUUCAACAGCGGCUUGAACAAAACGAGUGGCCUGUACGUCGUGCCCGGUACAGAUGGAGACGUCACCCUGCCCGUCAACUUUUACCGCGAGUGUCCCAUCUACUGGCAACUGCCGGAUUUCUUUUUGAAGGACAAGGUCACGUCGUACGGUGGAUUCCUUCGGUUCACUACGAUAACCGACGGUGGAUACGUAUUGCGAUCGAGCCAUCGGUUUCCGCUCGUUCAAUUGCAGGGCAACGGGAUAGUGCUCGAACACUUUCCGGCCAACUCGAGCAACGACAAUGGUCACGUCGUGAGGUUACACGAGUCGUCGUGGCGAUUGAAAAACAGGGCGGAUGUACAGGUCACGCGGGAGAUCCUCAUGGUGGCCCUUCAAAAUGUUCAACGCAUUUUCGUCAAGACAUCCGACUUCACCGACUUUUCCAGAGCAACCCUUCUGGAGGCUUCGAUCGACACGGCAGUGCCGACAGCGUUCUCGCAACCCCUCGCCAAUGGUAUAGAGCAGUGCGACUGUCCGACCGACUACAAUGGCACCUCUUGCCAGGACCCGAGCCAGGGCUACUACAGAUGGGUCGAGGUCAACGUGACCAGUGUCAUAAGCGGCUCCUACGAUGGCUACAUCGAGCUCGUCGGACGUGCCAGGGCUUGCGAGUGCAACGGCAGGUCCGAGCUCUGCGAUCCCGAGACUGGACACUGUCUGGGAUGCGGGGAAAACACGUCGGGCCCCAACUGCGAGAUCUGCGCUGAAAGCUUUUACGGGGAUCCAAACUUUGGUGGUUGCAAGGAGUGCCCGUGUCCCCAAACCGAUAAAAAGUUCUCCAACACUUGUGUCCUGCGACCGGACAACGAGGUUGUUUGUGUCUGCAAACCAGGGUACGCAGGGGCACGUUGCGAGCGUUGCUCGUAUGGACACUACGGCUACCCGAGUACACCGGGCGGACGCUGCGAGCCGUGCAAUUGCAACGAAGCGGGCAGCGCCAGCGACGAGUGCGAUACCGAGACCGGCCAGUGCAACUGCAGGCCCGGAUCGACCGGGCGCGAUUGCUCCCAAUGCACUGCCGAGCGUCACGUCUUCGUUGGCCCGAACUGCGUUUCAUGCAACGACAACUGCACCGGUUUGCUCUUGGACGAUUUGGAUGACCUGAAGUACGAGCUGAUAAACGCGACGACCCACAUUUCGGCCGGUUACAUAGCACCGCCUUGGGAAGAGUUGGCUUACAUGGACGACAACGUGACGAGCUUGUACGGGGAGAUAAAAGCCAGGAGGCGAAUCGAGGACGAAGUGAGGAGUAUUCCCUGGGACGAUUACAAGCUCAUGGCGAAACGGGCUGAAUCUCUGUUGAGUAAAGUAAUUGAGAAGGUCAACGACGCCAGGAUAAUAAAGUCGCAGAGCGGUGACAUUCAGAAUAACGCCUACAGUUUGAAGAUGGAGAUCGAGGGAUUGAAAAAAGAUAUUAACGAUACGAUUUUCGAAGUGGUUUACUACGGGAACGAUGAUAAAAAGGUUGAGAUUAAAAAGGUUCUUAAGGAAGCGAAGCAGAUUUUGAAUGAAAUGAAACUUCUCGAUUUGCCGAAGCAAACCAAAGUAUUCGAGGUUUUAACCAACGAGUGCACCGAGUACAUUGACUGGCUGGAUAGCUUGCUUGCUUUGAUCGAACCGUUGGACAGUGCGAAAGAGAAAGCUCAUGAUUUUUCGGUAAAAAUGAAGGAUAUGAUGAAAAUAAUGGAGAAUACGAUGGAAACUAUGUUCAGCUACGAUACAUUGUACAAUGAAAUCAAUAUGACUUACGAAGUACUGUCGUACCAACAAGAAGAAAUCAGUGACAAAAGUUCAGAAAUCAAUGGGUCACUUAACAAAGGACAAAAUCUCAUUGUCGAGGCCAAAGGAUGUGUCGUCGAUAGCGAAAACAACAUACAGGACAUACCAGAAAUAAAAAAUAAACUAUCAGAAGCUACGACCAACCUUUCUACUAAAGAACAAAUCCUAUACAGGUUGAAUUACGAAUAUAAAAAUAAGUACGUGAUACCAGCAACAUCUCACGCUCAAAAUCUUUCCAACUACGUUGAUCAAUAUGUGGGGUUAUUCUCCGAAACAAGGGCUCAAGCAGCCAAUCCUUUGAAAGCAAGUCAAGCUUACAAAAAUAUAGUUGACGGGCUGAUGGAAGCUGAACAAGCAGCAUACGAUGCUAACGAUAUACUUGACGACGUUCAUCGAAAGGUAUAUCUUCGUGGUCCAGAUUCCGAUACGUUGUUGGAUAAUGCUCUGGAUGUAGCAGCACGAUCAACAGAACAAGUGGAAAGGACUCGAAAUCACUAUCAACCGAUUUUUCAAGCAAGAGGACAAUUGGAAAAUCAGAAACAGGCAGUUUCGGACUUGAAAAUAUCCCUUAACAGCUCGGGCACGAAAGAUAAUCAAAUCAACCUCAAACUACGUGAAUUACAGAGCGAUAGUCGAAGGAUACAAGAAAGAUUAAAUGAUAUAUUGAAAGAAAAUCUGGAAACAGCUGCGUCCAUUGUCCAAACGAGACAGCUGAUUUCGGAUUAUCAACAAGGUAUUAUCGACGUGCUCAAUCCAAAAUUGCAGGAUUUGAAACGCGAAGGGGAUUCUAAAAUAAGCCUUGCUAGUGAAAAACUCGCCGAAGCUCAGAGCAAUAUCAAGAAAGCUGAUGCCAAGCUGACAAGUAUGACGAUAGCUGCCAUAAAACGGCAAGAAGAGUUUGAUAAGUGGAACGGAACGUUGGCCAAUAAACUGCAAAUUCUGAAGGAUAAGAUUGCUGAAGCGAGAAAUACGGCAGAUGGAAUUCGAGUUUCCAUAAAAUCCGCUGAGGGUAAAAGAUGCACUAGGUCUUAUAGAGUAAGGAAUUUGCAACCGUCGUCUACCACAACGAUCAGUAUGACGUUCGCCAUUCCUCACAAUCGAAAAGAAGGAAUAUUAUUUUAUCUUGCAAGCAGUAUAAAUGAUGAUUUUAUGGCUUUGGAAAUGUUUAACCGGAAAAUAAGAUUCGUAUGGAACGUUGGUGGGGGCGUUGGAAUGAUCAUUCAUCCUGAAGUUCUAGAAACUGGGAGUCCUGAAAACGAUUCAUUGUGGUAUCGCAUCGAAGCCGAAAGGAUAAGGCACAUUGGCAAGUUAAGUGUGAUAAAGCAGUUGACCAAAACAAGCAAGUAUUCUGCAGUCAUCAACGAAACCAGCUCGGAAUUCGGACUCUUCGAUGUCACAAGCAUGGAUCGUGUGUGGCUUGGCGGUCUUCCAGAACUGCAGAUGAAACCACCGGAAUUGCUGGCUUCAAACGGCUUGCCAGGAUGUGUUCACCAACUUCUACUCAAUGGAAAACAGAUCGGUCUGUGGAAUUUUAUUAGCAACGAGCCAGACGAUGCUUGCCGGCCUUGUGUUGAAGGGGUUGAAAACAUAGGUAAUGACCUUGCAUAUAGCUUCAACGGCGAAGGCUACGCGGUAAGAUCACGAGUGAUAUCUGGUCCUUACAACAAAUAUAUUUUUGGAGUCUCCAUUAACUUUAAGACGUACGAUGAGAAUGCCAUACUCUUCUUGGCCAUUGAUCCCGAUAAUCCCAAUGGUCAUGUCAUGAUAUUUUUGAGGGACGGUCGCGUAGUCCUUCACAUAGUUUAUGGUAACAAUAUCAGUAUGGAAAUGACAUCGUCGUCCCGCUACAACACUGGAAAUUGGACGAAAGUGGAUGCCUUUCGACAAUUCCAGUCACGUAAGAACACCGAAAAGUGCAGUUUUAGCGUCGACGGGGAGUACGACAAAAAGAUCGGAGCCCCGACACCUCAACCCCGACAGGAAGAUAUACCUGAUUUAUCGAAUGCUAAAUACUUUUUCGGUGGUGUACCACCCAGUUUUCGCAUCGAUGGAUUUUCUCUGCCAACGCACUUCCCCUUCCUCGGAUGCAUGUCUAACAUUGUUGUGCAAGAAGGAUACGAUCCUAUGGCUGAGCAUUAUUACGGCGUUGAGCCUGGCUGCAGGCGUAAGCGAAUGAAUACCGUUGGUUUUUAUGGAGAUGGUUACUUGGAACUUCCUGGCCAUCAGCUUCGUAAAAAAUUUUCUUCCAUCAGCUUUUCGUUUAGAACGUUGCAAAGCAAUGCCAUGCUUUUGUUGUCGACGUUCCAGGGACCUGAGGAGAAACUUUUUGGCAUUCCCGAUCCUGAUCAAGAUUUACUUAUGGAUACUGAUAGUUCUAAUAAUACUAAUAAGGACAAUUAUUACUCUGUAGCUAUAGUCGACGGUCACGUGCAAUUUAGAAUAAACGGAGGUAGAGGUGAGCUGAUCCUGUUGUCCAACGGAACAUUUGACGACGGUAAAUAUCAUAUGGUAACCGUGACAAAGAGAAGAAAAGACGUUGAACUUAGGAUAGAUGACGCUUAUCAAGUGAAUCGAAGACUACCCACGAGUGCGGCGGUCAAGGCACCGGAAUCCGGUGGUCUGUACAUUGGCGGGCUCCCACACCUUAUCAACAAUACAAAAAUGGUAUUUACGAAUGCGCCACUGAUUGGUGCGAUCAAAGACAUCAUUUUUGAUGAAGAUAAAAUCGUAAGUUUCGAUGAGGCUUUGAGAUUCGAGCACGCGUACAUUGGUCGUGCGGGUCCACUGAUGGGCAAGGAUUCUCCAGCAUACUCAUCAUCGGCAUCUCUGUCCAGAGGAUUGUCUACUCAACCCGAGGGUUGUCAAAAGAUCCCUUACUAUUCUCUGGAACCCGGUGCGCUUAAAUUUGGGGACAAACCUCAAAGUCACACCCAGUUGUACUUAAAUUUCGAAAAUUUCUGGAAUCAGAAGAAAGUGAUAGAGUUCGAUUUUAGAACUUACUACCCUAACGGUCUGCUUUUUAUUACUCCGGGAAUUCGUAUUAAAAACUAUUUGGUAGUGAUGAUCCGAGACAGCCAACUGCUUUUGAUAAUCAAGAGCAAACAAAAGAAGGAAAUGCUAUUUAAAACUCCGUUCAACGAUGGCAACUGGCAUCACGUGACGAUCGGUCACGAUGGCAAGAAACUAUCGAUGAUCGUCGACACGCAAACGCCAAUGUCUGUAAGAGUGCCGAAGAAAAUUGGUUUAACCAACGUCAUGUACAUCGGUGGUAUACCAGAAAGUGGAACUCCGUUGCCGGAACAGAUUGUCUCUAAGCUAGAAACUCUCAAAGGAUGCAUACGAGGCUUGAAAGUCAAUGGCAACAUUUAUGACAUGGUAGGCUCCACCAGCAGACCAGUUAAUGUUGGCCAAUGCUUUCCAAAUGUCGAGAGCGGCGCUUAUUUUCAAGACGAAGCAUAUGCCGUUUACAAAAAAAACUUUGAACUCGGGCCCAUCCUGGAGUUACAGUUGGAGUUUCGCACCUCGGAGUUGACAGGUGUAUUGCUGUCCAUAACGAGUUCCGAAGGCACGCCUUCAUUAUCUCUAGAGUUGUACAACGGGAAAAUCUUAAUGUCCAGCGACUUUGGAUACAAUCAAGUAUUGCACGUAGAACAAGAAUUCAAGAACCCGUACACAGUAUGCGACAACCGGUGGCACAGGAUUCAAGCUAUUUACAACGACGAAGAGCUCACCCUUAAGGUCGACGAGUUAGAACAAAAGUAUGGAUUGCCAACUGAAGUCAGCGGUCACUUCAUUGGAUCUGUUAUCACAAAUGCUCUCUACAUUGGUGGAAUACCAGAUUCUGCGCCUAAAGGAACUUUAAUGACGAGGGAUUAUUUUAACGGAUGUCUGCGUAACGUCCAAAUUGGUGGCGAACGACGCGAUUGGACUGAUAUGUACGAGCUCUACAAUAUUCAUUUGAAUUCGUGUCCAGUUCAAUGAACACAAAAAAUUAAAAAUGUGUAAAAUUUAAAGAUUUAUCAAAGCCAAAAGAUGCUAAGA